ACCCAAAGAACUUCCAGAUCGGGAGCCACACAAACAAUAUCCUUAUUUCUAAUACAGUACGUACGACAGUUUAGAUCAGUACCACUGCAUGCUCAUGGCAUCAUCUCUCUCUUCUACUACAAGAAUUCCCUGCUGCUCCUCCUCCAUCUCUCGUGGCACUACUCCUUCAACCUCAGUACCGUUAAUCCGCCUAAGCAUUCAGACUCGAAUUCCAGCAUGUACGGUUACAGUGAAAUGUGAAUCGAAAGAGACUCCAGCUGAGAUAGGGCCGUUACCGGCGGCAAAGAGUUCAAAGCUUGAGAUAGGGUCCCCCAUUAUUGUCAUCGAGGCUCCCACAAUGAUAAAGACCGCAGCAUCAGUUCCAUGCCUUAGAGUGAAUUCUGGGUUAGUCAAGCCUGGAGACGUGGGAAGAAUUGUGUCGAGAAAGCCCAAGGAUGUAUGGGCAGUUCGUCUUGCCAUUGGUACUUAUCUCAUAGAUGGGAAAUAUUUCAAGCCUUUGGAGCUUGAUGAUCAAUGAUUCGGGAGGCUAUAUAUGGAGCAUUAAUGGAGGGAGGACUGUACACUAUCUUCUUCAAAGCGUUACAGCCAAAAAAAAAAAAAGUGAUUAUUUGCGUCCAGUUAUUUUCAUCGCAAAUAGUUAUUAUGGUUGCAAAUAAUUCAUUACAAAUAGGCGUUUUUCUACGAAGAUUUGAAAUUUCUCAAAGAUUGCAUUUGGAACUACUUUUGUAUGUAUUGUUUUCUUUGAAGGCAAGUUACAUAAUUUUGUAGUA